AUGUUUUCGAUAAAAUUUUCUGUUCUACUAUUUAUUACUUACAUUGUUUGCGUUUGUACAAAUUUGAAACAAUCUUCAUGCGACUCUAUUGUCGCGUUUGGAGAUUCACAUACAGACACAGGAAAUGUAUAUAAUUUAACACAAUUCCAAUGGCCAUUGGUUCCACCAUAUUAUCAGGGUCGCUUUACCAAUGGCCCUGUCUGGAUAGACAUAUUAAAUUCUUUUCAGAUAAUGAAUUAUGCUUAUGGCGACGCAGCAAUUGAUAGUGCUAAUUUAAUUAUAGGUUUCACUGGACCAAAUAGAACAGUAAUGGUACCUAGUAUUCGCCAACAAAUUGUCCUUUAUUUAGCUGACACCAUUCUAGAUACAAGCGAUUUACCAGCUACAAUUUACAUUAUCUGGUCUGGCGGUAAUGAAUAUCUUAUUAAUUCAAGUGUAUCUUCAAGUAUAGUAGUAGGUGCUCUAUUAAAUGCAGUUUAUGAUUUACUUGCGAUCGAGAUACAACAGUUGAUUGUUGUAAAUCUGCCACCACUUCAACUAUUUCCUGGAACUAAUGAUACUCAACGAUUAGGUGCAUUAGUAAAUGAACAUAAUAAUUAUUUAUUAUCAAACAUAACUAUUAUUCAAUCGAAAUUUCCAAAAGCAUCUUUAAGAGUAUUUGACUUAUAUUCAAUAAUAACAGAUAUUCUUUCGAACAAUUCAGUGUUUCAAUUGAAUAAAAUGAAUAAAUGUUGGAAUAUUGUUAACAGUAUCGUUAUUUCACAAUGCACAGAUCCUGAUACAUACGUUUUUAUAGAUGAUUAUCAUUUCACAAGUGUAAUACAUCAAAUUAUUGCUGACAGUAUAAAUCAAUUUAUUCUAUCAUCAAGUUCGGGCAACUUCGCUUCUUCGAAAUUUUAUAUUUAUAGUUGUUUGAGUUUAUUUAUAAUAAAGAAAUUUUCGACAUAA